GUGCUUAAGCCGCACUAAUCAGCCAUUUUACCUUUACAAGUUUUGAUGAAAGUUGAAAAAAAAAAAACAAAGAAAAAAUCUCGUGGGCCCAUUUGGCUUUUCCGCAUCGCAGCAACAAAAGGUACAAUACCACAUGACAUUUGACCAAAGACAGAGAGACCCCCUUUAUUUACUGUUGACCACACCUUCCUAUAUACGUCCGAAUCCAAAGGGACCCAAACUCUAAAACCCCACUCACUCACCCAUUCAUCAAAAUUUGGAGCUCAUCAACUUCCUCCAAAAACAAAAAAGAAAAAGAAAAAUUCGAAUCCUCACCAUCUUUAUCAUUCAUGGAAGAGACUUUGCCUCUAAAAUGCUCUCGCCGACCAGAAAACAGUCCCUCCUGCAUUGCCCAUCUGCCAGAGAGCCCAAGAGCUCCCAUGGAGUUUCUUUCCAGGUCUUGGAGUGCUUCUGCUCUUGAAGUCUCCAAAGCUCUGGCUCAACUUCCUAACCCUCAACUUCCUUCUUCAUGCAUGGCUUCCAAGUCAGCAAACAGCUCCUCUUCUUGUACCGCAGCUUCUAUACCUGAAGAUAUAUCUGGAGAGUCAGAGGAGCUCCCAAUGCUGUCUGGAAAUCGGUUCUCUUUUGGUUCCUCAACUACUUCUCAGCUUGUUCUCGAUCGUAUUAUGUCACAGUCCAUGAGAGAGGAAGUAUCGCCAUUAACGUCCGGGAGGCUCUCACAUAGCAGCGGACCUCUGAAUGGUGGUUCUUUGACAGAGACAGACAGCCCUCCAGUAUCUCCUUCUGAAGAAUUCGACGACGUCGUUAAGUACUUCCGUUCCAACAACACCAUACAGCCAUUAUUCAAUAGCGGGCGCAGCAGCGCCGGCCAUGUCAACGCCACCCCUGCAGUGGCCGGAACCAAGACAGUAGGAAGGUGGUUGAAAGAGAGAAAAGAGAAAAAGAAAGAGGAAACUAGAACCCACAAUGCUCAGGUCCACGCCGCAGUCUCAGUUGCUGCAGUGGCUGCAGCUGUGGCUGCAAUUGCAGCAGCCACCGCCGCUUCCUCUGCAUCAGGAAAGAAUGAACAAGCUGCCAAAACAGAUACUGCCGUAGCAUCUGCGGCCACACUAGUAGCUGCACAGUGCGCAGAGGCUGCUGAAGCUAUGGGAGCUGAUCAUGAUCACCUUGCUUCAGUGGUGAAUUCUGCUGUCAAUGUUCGAUCUCAUGACGAUAUCGUCACUCUCACCGCAGCAGCAGCCACAGCUUUACGAGGAGCCGCAACUCUUAAGGCAAGGGCAAUGAAAGAAGUGUGGAAUAUUGCAGCUGUAAUACCAGUUGAAAAGGGAAUUGGACUUGGGGUUUGUGGUAAAGGCAAUAACUGUCAUUCUAAUAGCAGCAGCAGCUUUAGUGGCGAUCUGUGCCCUGCUGCAGAUAGUUUUCCUGUGUUCUGUAACCAAGAUAUCCUAGCCAAGGGUAGCGAACUCCUCAAACGCACCCGCAAAGGAGAUUUGCAUUGGAAAAUUGUGUCUGUUUAUAUUCACCGAACAGGACAAGUGAUGCUGAAAAUGAAAAGCAAACACGUUGCUGGGACUAUAACCAAAAAGAAAAAGAAUGUAGUACUAGAAGUCUGCAAGGACAUGGCAGCAUGGCCAGGAAGACACUUAUUCGAUGGAGGGGAACAGCGUUGUUACUUUGGGUUGAAAACAGAAACACGCGGGAUUGUGGAGUUCGAGUGCAAGAACCAGAGGGAAUAUGAUUUAUGGACUCAGGGAGUUUCUAGACUUCUCUCUAUUGUUGCCGAGAGAAAAAAGCAGGCGUUAAAUUGAUUUCGCAUCUACAUCAUCGCUAUAUUGGCAUACUAGGUUAAACAAGAUUGCUCGUUUGUUUGUUUGUUGGUUUGUCUUUUUUUUUUGGGGGGCUAGGAUAGGGGGCUAAUUGCUUAUUACUAUGUCUGCCGUGGCUUUCUCUAUCUGUAAAUAAAGGGAAAAAGGUAUAAUUCGAAUUGAA